AUUUACAAGGAGACCCAACCAGCCACAAACCUAUUCUUCUCCUUCACACCAAAACAAACAAACUAAAAAAAAAAAAAAAAAAAAAAGGCUAUGGAGACUCCGCCGUCAACUUCUCCGGCCCCUCCCCUCCGCCGUAGAAUCUCCGUAGCGACGCCAACGUCUGUGAUCACCUCCGAUAUCCCUUUCGCAAUCGAGUCCUCGACGACGACGCCUUCGUCGUUCGAUUUCGACCUCAUCUCCAUAAAACCACGCUCCUUCGUAGCGUACACGUCUCUCAGAGACAUCAUCUCGUCUCCGAGCAGCUCCUCCGUCAAUCUGCCUUCGAUCAACGGUAGCAGCUCCCCCGUGAUAUCCACCGUCGGAGACAUAUCGAUCCGCGAUCCGCUCGUUAAGCAGGCCGCUCGGUCUUACCUACAGGCGACGGCGCAGACUUCGUCGGGUGACUCGGCUGGGUGUCAGUUCCUCCGCCGCGUGUGGCUACACUUCUCCGCCGGAGUACAGUUCUUGGGACGCGUGUUUGACUGGAUUCUCCGAACGGUCUGUGCUCCUCCUCAGAUGGUUAAAUAGUUU